AGGGCCCAUUAUUUCAUAUAUCCCGCACCGACGACCCGGGCGAUUCAACUUUCAAGUUCCCUUCCGAAAUGGAAUCGCCCUCUCCGCUUCCUCCGACCACCCUCCGCCGGAACCCUCCUCGGCGCGCGAGGCCUCCCCCGACCCCCCUCGCCUCCGCUAAUCCUAAGCCCUCCUCCCUCUCCCGCUUGCUCGACGACGAAGCGGCCUCCAUUCCCCUUCCGCAUCCUCCCGGCCCCGCCGCCACCACCACCAUUGUCACACCCUUCUCCUCGUCAUCUCAGGAGGAGUGCCUUAAGGUGUUCCUACGCAUCCGACCCCUCCCGGACCGGGACCGUUGCAAGGUCGUCAGCCGUCCAAUGGCCGCCAAGGACCCACGCCGGAAGCCCAAGCAGGCCGGAGGCGGGGGAGUUUGCCUCGUCGCCACCGGAGCCAACUCGGUCGCGCUCACCGUCCCGCAGUCCAAGCUCGUCGACCCCAAGCGCGGCCGCACCGAGGUCUUCGACGGAUUCUCCACCGUCUUGUCGCCGGACUCCUCCCAGCGUGAUAUCUUUGAUCAAGUGAUGAACCCACUGGUGGAGGAUUUCCUGGGAGGAAAGAAUGGCCUUCUGGUUGCAAUGGGUCCGACAGGGUCUGGAAAGACGCAUACUAUCUUUGGUUCUCCAAGGAACCCCGGUAUAUUACCACUCACACUACGGCAAAUCUUCAAUGCAGAAGACGAAAGCAAGGUUGGCAAGCAACUGACAAGAUCAUUUUCCUUGUCAAUUUUCGAGAUACUUUCGGAGGGAAAAGGAGAACACAUUCUUGACCUACUAUCUGAUGCUGCAGAGUGUAUUCUCCAGCAGUCAACAGUUAAAGGUCUUCAAGAGGUCGCCAUUUCAAAUUUCGCAGAUGCUGAGAGCUUAGUUGCACGUGGUAUGCUGAAGCGCAGCACAGCUGCAACAAAUGCUAACAGCAAGUCAAGUCGAUCACAGUGUAUCAUCACGAUACGUGCUGUUCAUAAAAGCAUUGGUGUAGAAAAUGAACAUUCGCGUAGUAGCGCUGUUCUGACCAUAGCAGACCUCGCUGGGGCAGAGCGGGAAAGGAGAACUGGAAAUCAAGGUUCAAGGCUGUUAGAGAGCAACUUCAUCAACAAUACAUCCAUGGUUUUCGGCCUCUGUCUGAGGUCUUUGCUAGAACAUCAGAAAAAUCAGAAGAAACCCUUGGAAAAGCAUUUCAAGAACUCAAUGUUGACAAGGUACUUAAGAGACUACCUAGAAGGAAGGAAGAAAAUGACCCUGAUUUUGAAUGUCAAACCAGGGGAUGAGGAUUAUUUGGACACAUCAUUUUUGCUCAGACAAGCAUCACCUUACAUGAAAAUAAAGUACACCAGCCUUGAGGAUCCUUCUGACUUGGUUUCCCAAAAGAGAAGCAAUGUUUCCUUGAUUUGCCAAGAGAAGAAGAAAAAGAGGAGGGUUCAUAAGCCUGAAGUCAUUGUGGUUGAACGAAAGGAAGACAUUGAUACAGAUAAUAUUAUUAAAGUUUCUGAAAGAGAUGAGGCACAACACAAGCUUCCCAACUCAGAGUUGCGAAGAGUAUCCAGAAGUGAAGAAAUAAUGACGAACUUUGCCAGGGCUUUAUGGACUGUAUUAAAGCAGUAUAAACACAAACUUUUGGAGUCUGAGAAUGCUGCUGAAAGCAUGAAAGAAUUGAUUAGAGAUAAAGACAUUCAAAUUAUGGAGCUGAAAAAGGUGUUGGAGGUUCUAAAGUCUUGUUGUUCAUGCAAGAACUUUCCAAUAGUUGGAGAUACCUCUGAUGAGCAAGAUGAUGCUGUAUCUUCUGGUCAAGCUGCUCAAAGUUUUGUUUCUCUAUCAAAUAAACCUGACCUGGGAUCUUGUGAUGCUGCAGUAGAUAAUUUCCAUUUAGUAGUAGAAGAGGUCUCAGAAGAAUUCAUAUGUCGUGGUCCUGAAUAUUCUUCAGCUCAUUGUGGCCCGAAAGGGGAAUAUGACAACUGCGAUGCUUCAGCUAUUUCUUUGAUGGACGAAGAAGAGCUGAGCUCCAGAGAUUUCAAGCCAGAGAAAUCAUGUGGUCCUGAUGCUUUUGGUCCCAAGUUUGAUACGGAAAAAGGAAAUACGGAGGUAGAUGUACAAGUGGUUCAUAAGGAAUUGGAUAGACCUGGAAGCUUUACUGAGGAAAUAUCUGCACACACCAGUGGUGUAACAUCUGCAUCCAAUCAUUCAGAUAAUCCAUCAGAUCAAAGCUUGACAGAGCAUCAUACACUUCCAUGUCUAGAGACUGAAAGAGCCAGCCUGUCUCCACACUUUACUAUUUGUAGCAAGAAAGCUACCAUAGAGCAAUGCGAAGAAGAAACAGAAGAGUUAAGCAAGAUCACAAUAAAGGAUAUUCAACAUGAUAUCAAUACAAGAGAACUGAAGGAUCCUGAUCCUCUGAGCUCUUCUCAGCAAAUGAACUCUGACACAGAAGAUGUCAGCUCCAGUCAGUCUUCCGUAGAGUUGCAAGGGAUGGUUGCUUCUCAGAAGAAACCUGAGGAACUGGACCCUGGGUCUGAAAGAUGUGAACCUGCAGUAGAAGAAUCUAUUGUGGAAUAUGGUACAUGCUCUUGUCAACCUCCAGACCAAAUGAAUGAUCAUGGCAGCAUGCUUCCGUGUUUGGCGAAGGAAAUAACUUCCCCAGCAAAGGCUUCAACAGCUCCAAGUAAGGACAGUGAGGCAGAGGAAAUCGCAGAUGAAAAGAAAGAUCCUUUUGCUUGGAGGCCUCGGGCGACGAAGAAAACAACGAGCAGGAGGUUGCAGCCCGUUGCUGCCAUGAUGCUGAAAGAAUUCACUGGUGCUGACAUGGAUGCGGAUAUUAAAAGGGAAGAAAGGGGCAAGUCAUCUAGCAGCGAGACAAGCGGGAAAUCAGACGCGCUAAUUCAGCUUCUGAAAGGGCGUGCCGUGGAGGUGGAGCAUAGGGUUGGUUCCUGAGUGAGCUUUGUGUGUGUUGGUUCCUUCCUCCUCUAGGAAAGGAAAAGACAGACAUGGCCAUUGUUUUGCAGCUAGCUGCUCGUUGACAGUUGAAACGACAAACUUAUUCGAUGUCGAUUCCAUGUACUAGCAUGUAUAGCCGUGGUGGUGGUGGUAGCCAUGGUGUUUGUCUAUUUAUCAUUGUAUAUAAGUAGAGUGUCUGUCAACUCAA